AUGUACCAUGACCUAGAUGGAGACCUCAUACGCGCAUGGCAAAUACUCCACGAGCUAUCUGAACAAAAUGCGCUCAACCAGAAGAUGGCCGCGACUCUUGCGUCGCAGGCACAUGCUCUCAAAGAUGAAGCAGCGAACGUUGCGAGUGCCUGCUCACUUAGGCGCGUAAAUCUCGACAUUUCGAAAGAGGUGUUCGAGUCGGAACUUGAACGCCAAAAUGCACAAGUCAUCAUUGAGAAUCAUACGCUGCUUCAGGAGAACAAGCAGCUCUCUGCCCUCUUGAAAGAGUAUGAGGAGACAAUGGAGAACGUCAUGACAAAGUUCCGCAACCAUGCAAUCGCCGCACAGCAGCACGAGCUCACCCUGACCCGACAUUACGAGACCCUCAUCCAGAACCUCGACAACUCCCUCGCCCACAACGACCUCUCCACCAACACGUCCGCGACCCUCUCCCUCCACCGCCUCGCCCAGUCCCUCCGCGCCCUCCUCUACUCCAUAAGCGGCGAGCACCCCGCAGACUCCCCGUCCCAAGACGACCCCCACGGCCAGCACGGCCAGCACCACGCCCUCCCCUCCUCCGUCCCCACCCCCGAAGAGCUCGACGCGCUCCUCCAGUCGCGCGACGACUGGGCCAUCGAGCGCGAGGCCGAGAUCGCGCGCCUCGAGCGCGAGAACGAGCAGCUCCGCCGCACGCUCGGCAUCGACCGCGCCUCCGCCGAGGCGAACGGCUGGCUCGAGGACGAGGCCCGCGAGCUCACCUUCCGCCGGCACGUCGCCGCGCCCGCGCCCUACCGCUCCGGGAGCCCUGGCCAGGCGGGCGUCGUGCGGGGGAACAUACCCUUGUUCGACGGCCCGGGCCAGAUAGGCAUGGGCAUGGGUCCUGCUCCGGGACAGGGCUCGGGGCCUGCGCCGGGGCCGAGCAUGGGACCACCGGGGCAGGGGCCCGGGGCGGGGCCUGGGGGACCAGUGGGGAUGCCUGGAGGGAGCGUGAUCCAGCCUGGGAUGAGGGGCGUGCAGGGACGCAGGCCAGCUAUGUUCGGCCGCGGGCGGGGCGGUCCUCCUUUCUGGGACGGGAUGAACCAGCCCGCUCAGGAGCGUCCGUGGCAGAUCCAAGGAGGGUUCGACAUGAAUCGGUGA